GAGAGAGAGAGACGCACAGAGAGAGUUAGUUAGUUAGUUUGGAGCCCAUGAAGGUGGAAGGGGACGCGGGGAAAGGCGCGCGCGCGCCCGGAGACUGCUGCAUCACGCGCCUGCUGAGCGCCGUGGAGAGCGAGCUGCGCGCGGGGCGCGAGAAGGGAGAUCCCACCGAGAAGCAGCUGCGCGUGAGCCUCGAGGACGCCGAGCUGUGGAGAAAGUUCAAAGAAGUGACCAACGAGAUGAUCGUCACCAAGAACGGAAGACGAAUGUUUCCAGUUCUGAAGGUCAGCGUGUCCGGCCUGGACCCGAAUGCCAUGUACUCCUUCCUGCUGGACUUCAGCCCGGCCGAUGGUCACCGCUGGAAGUAUGUGAACGGAGAGUGGGUGCCCGCGGGUAAACCUGAGCCGCACACACACAGCUGUGUCUACAUCCACCCUGACUCACCCAACUUUGGAGCCCACUGGAUGAAGGCCCCCGUGUCCUUCAGCAAGGUCAAACUGACUAACAAGCUCAACGGAGGAGGACAGAUCAUGCUGAACUCGCUACAUAAGUACAAGCCACAGAUCCACAUUGUUCGUGUGGGGGGCAGCCACAGGAUGGUCACUAACAUCUCCUUCACUGAUACCCAGUUCAUUGCCGUCACGGCCUACCAGAACGAGGAGAUAACUGCUCUGAAGAUAAAGUAUAAUCCCUUUGCAAAGGCCUUCCUGGAUGCCAAGGAAAGGAGCCAUCCCAAGAAUCUUCUAGAACAUCCCCCAGAGAACCAACAUGUUGGGAUACCACACUGCGGGUGGUUUAUUUCCAACCCGGACUCCCUCUGCUCUUCUGGUGGAAGUAACUUCCCAUACCCGGGGGGUUUGCCCCUGGCUCCCCACCAUGGGUAUAAACACUACUCCAGCCUGCAUGGACACCGAGCCACUCCCUACCCACCUCCUUACCUGCAUCAUCAUCACCGCAGCCACAAUUCAGUCUCUCUGUCUGAGGGGUUGAGUCCAGGUGCUCUGCAGGUGUUCUCUGGUCAUGAAAGCUGGACAGGUGUUUCUCCUCCUGGUUCUGCUGCAAUGCUCUCAGUGCCAUCUGGUCCAAACUCACCUGGAGUCAGCAGUCAGUAUCCUUGUCUGUGGACAGUGAGCAGCUGCAAUGUGUCCUCCAGUCCUCCGGGGGUCCCUGUAAGCUCCACCCACUGUCAGGAGGAGAAUCCAGAUGCAGGCUCUGCCUCUGUAUCACCGUGCUCAAUCCUGCAAAGCCAUGGGCCGCCAAGCGCGGAUGGUGUGGUGGAGCAAGCCAAUCAUAACAGGGUGGGUGGGGUUAGCUGGUCUGCAGUCUCCGCCCAUUCAUUUUGAACAUGCUUAACUAAGAAAUAGGACUCUUAAAGUCCUGCCUCACAUUAAAAGUACAAUAUAUUUUCAUUUGUGAAACAUAUUUCCAGCGCACUCAAAGCCACAUGGCUGACCACACGGCAUUUCACCACACUACAGUACGUAUUGUACUAUGUGAAAUGACCAAAUUUUAUUUUCUCUCUAAGUUGGGACUGUUUUAUUGAUUCCCCUACAUCGGAUAUGGGAUAUGCCUCAUGCUUUGCACCCUACUGCCUACACAGGCAGCUGACUAGGUGGUCAACAUUUAAACUAAAAUUGAACCUGAUUGAGCCAAAUUGAGCCAACAAUCUCAAUAUGAGGAGAGUAUAGAGUGAGUACAUGCCCAAUUGUUCUCACCGUUAACAUGCUAACAUACCUACCUAAUGACAUUUGACAGAAAGAUCAUACCAUCUUCUGAUCUCAUAGUGAGAAUACAUGUCUGGGGACAAUUUUAUUAACUUUUGAUGUUGGAUUGCAGCAAAAUCCAUCACUAACAUGAGUACGGCACCUCUAAAACCCACCCCCAAACUCCUUUAGCACUUGCAAAGCAAGCAAAACACAACCAUUAGCUAAUGUUCAUGCUUUAAAAUAAAUAUUUCAGGAACACUAUUCAAUUUAACCUGUGUAAAAUGAUCAAAUUGUAAGUCGCUCUGGAUAAGAGCAUCAGCCAAAUGCCAUAAAUGUAAAUGUAAAUGUAAAUUUAGCUUCAACAGGGUGUGCUCGAUGCACAGAAUCGAUACAAUCAGAGAUAUUAAUGAGACUAAUGAUGUAUUUACAGGUUGUUCUGCAUGCAACCAACAUUGGCAUGAAGGCCAUACACAUGUUGGCAGGGUGUCAGCAUCACCAUCGCGCAGAUAUUGUUUAAGGAGGAUAAAGGCAGUUGGAUACUCUGUGCUCUAGUACAUUUUGCUGUGUAAUGCUGGGUUUGCUUGGAUUUCAACAAUGAAACAUUUGGCACCCAUAGUUCCCAAAGAAAUCAACAUCCAGUUUCCACCAUGUCAGUUGAUAGCAAAAGUUGGGAAAAUCGAAAUUUAGACGGGAUGUUCUGCUGACCGCUGCAUUCACUGCUGGUGAUGGCAGAAUUUUCCAUGGCUGCUUCAAUGAAAACAAUAGAAUAUCCAAGGGUUGCUGUUGACCGACUACUGGUGAAAAUGGAGCAUGUGUUAACAUAACUUUGCCAGCCGUUUGAUAUACUAAUGUGGCGCAACAGGUAUGAACAAAAACUGAUCAACAUAACCGAAGUCUUAAGUAACCCUGCUAGGAAAACCAGCACAGACCAGCAUGGCCUGGUCACCAGCAUAAACAGCAUGUAUUGUCUUUUGGAUAUUACUGUGGUGGUCAGCAGCAAUGUCAGUUGAUAUACUGGUCACCAAUUAAAUCAGCAUAUGAUAUGUUUUGAUACUGCUAUGCUGAUCAACCAACACAACCAUGCUUGAUGACCAACUGAAUCAGCAUCAGACCAGAUGGAAUUCAUGCUUUUGUCAGCAGAGAAACUGCAAUUUCCACACUUUCAUGUGAAAAAAAGAUAAGUAAAACAGCUUACACUAGUUAAAAUAACUUACAUCAGAAGCUAUUUUAAUAGAUUUUUUCAAGAAAGUGUGUCUUUUGUGAUAAAGGACACAAAUAAUGAACAGCCAUAACAUUAAAACCACCUCCUUGUUUCUGCGCUCAUUGUCUAUUUGAUCAGCUCCACUUAUUCUAUAG